UCCUUUGUGCAGGUAGCUGAAAAACAAUGUUCUAGUUGAGCCACAACCGUGUUUCACAACCGGGCUUAAAAUGGAUAUUUUUGUAGCGCAGUCAGGGCCUAAAACAGCCUCGCAAAAUUCUGCUCGCCCACGCGCCUGGCGUGAGUAAUUUUCUUUUGAUGGGAUACCGUUCAAGAUCGGGCAGCCCAAGAAACAGAUUGUACCCAAGACAGUGGAGAGAGACUUUGAAAGGGAAUAUGGGAAGCUGCAGCAAUUGGAAGAUCAGACCAAAAAACUUCAGAAGGAUAUGAAGAAAAGCACAGAUGCAGACUUGGCCAUGUCCAAGUCGGCCGUGAAAAUCUCUUCGGACCUGCUGUCCAACCCCCUGUGCGAGCAGGAGCCCGGCUUCCUGGAGAUGGUCACGGCCUUCGACACGGCGAUGAAGAGGAUGGACUCCUUCAACCAGGAGAAGGUGAACCAGAUCCAAAAGACAGUCAUAGAGCCUUUGAAAAAGUUCAGCAGCGUGUUCCCCAGCCUGAACAUGGCCGUGAAGCGCCGCGAGCAGACCCUGCAGGACUACAAGCGCCUGCAGUCCAAGGUGGAGAAGUACGAGGAGAAGGAGAGAACCGGCCCCGUCCUCGCCAAGCUGCACCAGGCCCGCGAGGAGCUGCGGCCGGUGAAGGAGGACUUCGAGGCCAAAAACAAGCAGCUCCUGGAGGAGAUGCCCAAGUUUUACAGCAGCCGCAUCGAUUACUUCAAGCCCAGCUUCGAGUCCCUGGUCCGGGCGCAGGUCGUCUACUACACGGAGAUGCACAAGAUCUUCGGGGACCUGACGGCGCAGAUCGACCAGCCCGGCCUGAGCGACGAGCAGCGGGAGCGGGAGAACGAAGCCAAGCUGAGCGAGCUGCGGGCGCUGUCCAUCGUGGCCGACGACUGAGCACCGGGGAGGGCUGGGAGGGGGGGACCAGUAACGAGGCUGGGGAUGGAGCCCCCAGCUCCUGAGCCCCCUCCCUGCCUUCUCCCGGGAUGCAGGGGAGGAUGGUGGAGGGUUUCAAAGCUCUGCUCGGGGGCGCAGAGCAGGGCCACCCCCCGAUGCUGCGAGGCUGCAGGAUGGGUGGCCACGGGCAGCCCGGUCCCGUUUCUGCCCUCCUGGCUUUUGGGAGGCCGGCUUCUCAUUAAAUAGGGUGGUUGUGGGGCAGCUCUCAGCCGACAGGAGGAGCACGCUGCGCCCUCCUGCUCUGACCCAGCACCCUGCAGAGCUCCCUGCUGGGUCCCCGUGCCAGGAUCCAGCCCGGGGCUCCUUGCCCGUAGGGUGUUGAUUUGGUGCCUUCGAAGGAGCCCGGUACCCCCAGGGGAAGGGCAGAAGCGUUCAGAUUCCCGUGGGCUGCAUUUUUGGGGGGGAACUGAUCAUUCGAGGACUGCGCCUCCUGCCCGGAGGGUGAGGGGAUCCCUGCUGAACGCAACCCGUCCCCAGCACGAGCGGUGCCAAGUGCCUCGGUGGAGCCCUCACCUGAUCAAACGCUGUUAAGGGGAAGAGAUUACGAACGGGAGAGAUUAAAUCCGAGAGCUCAAAGUCA